CGGUACUUAAAGAAUAAACAGCUGGGGCUGAAUCACACACAUCAGCUCUUAGUGACAGCGCGAAAACGAUCUGCACGUCAACUCGACGCACCUGCAGCGGCUGAAACCUCGCCACGAGCCUACAGGUAGAAAUGUCUCAUUCUAGACCACUGCUCAUCCCGUGGCUGCGGGCCCAGAUUGACAGCGAGAGGUAUCCCGGUGUCCACUGGACAAACCCGGAGCGAACAGAGUUCUGUGUCCCGUGGAAACAUGCUUUAAGACAGGACUCCUCUGACGUUGACAUCCUCAUCUUUAAGGCCUGGGCAGAAGUGAGUGGCAAUGGGCGGGCUCACGGGGACUCGUCAGUCUGGAAAAGGAACUUCCGCAGCGCCCUCCGAGCCAAAGGCUUCAAAAUGGUCAGCGACAGCAAGAAUGAUUCUGCUAACCCCCAUAAAGUGUUUCACUGGCCGGAUGAGCUAGCUUCAGGAGCUAACUCUUCUGCUGGAUCCCAGGACCAAGAUGACCUCAAUUUGCUUGAGGAUAUCGGCCUUCCAACACCAGAGAGCCAUGCCAUCCCAUGCUUAGAUGACCUUCUCUAUCUGCCAGAAGACCCCUCUGCCAACCAGGAUAUUCUCCAGAAGUGUCUGAAGGGACUGAACAUUGGCCCUGAAGCAGAGGGCACCGCAGGCUUUGAGCCUCCUCCUGAGCAACAACAGCUCCAAAACGCGAUUGUGAUUGGUGGACAUGCGUUGCCUGGGCAACAGCAGUAUCCAGUAACGUUUGAGGGUGCAGUCGGUGAAGCUGGGUUGCCUGAGCAACCGGCACGUCCAAUGGAGGGAGCCGUGGGAGGGGCCUGUGAUGGGCAGUUGGUGGAGCAGUUCCUUCAUACCAUCACCAAGACCAGUGAUGGAGAUACUUUCAAGACUCAGUUCAGGAUAACAGUGUACUACAGAGGGGUGAAGGUGUCUGAGCAGCUGGUGGAGAAUGAAGUGGGAAUCCGCCUAGUUUACAGGCCCGAGCUCACUGGGACAGUUUUGGAUCACGACUCAGGCCUGUCGGUGGUCUCUCUGCCAAGUCCAGGAGUCAUGCUGGAUCAAACCCAAGCCAACCUGACCCAACGCAUCCUGGACAGGCUGGAGGGUUUGGAUGUGGGUGUGUCGGGCCAUGUGGUGUAUGGACAGCGAUGGGGUGAAAGCAGAGCAUUUUGGAGCUUCUCCAAGUUUGACAGCAGCAGACAGCCUCAGGAGAUUUCUAAACUGCAGCCUCAACCGCUGUACCAGUUCAAGGAUUUUGUGCGAGGAAUAUUGGACUUCAUUGAUGGGAGAGACUGCCCUCCCUGCUCCCUGUUCUUCUGCCUCGGGGAGAAGUGGCCUGACCCAGACAACAGGCCUUGGGAGAAGAAACUCAUCACGGUGGAGGUGGUCCUGACUUCAAUGGAGGUACUGAAGGACAUGGCUGUUGUAGGCGGUGCCUCCUCCCUGCAGUCUGUGGAGCUGCAGAUGUCCCUCGAAGAGAUGAUGGAGAUGUACUGACACAUUCUGCUGUGCAAAAGGAAAGUCCUUGAUAACCUUUUGGGUUUCUUAACCUUGACAAAAAUGUCUCAGAAAUAAUUAUGUUUACAUGAAUGUUAAAGUCUCUGAAUGUUAAGCUCUGGAUUUGCUGAUACUGCACAAAGGUGACACUUGUACCACAUUUAAACAUGAAUGUGUGCUUUUAAAUCCAUUUAUACGUCAUAUUUUAGCAUAAAAUCACUCUGGUCAUAAUAAGACUAUGACCAGAGUGUUCAAACUGGAUCUUUUUUACAUGUUUAGUAAUAUUAUUGGUGCUAGUGAUUCUGAGAAUUAAAACACAUUUCUGAGACAGCAUGCUGCUUUCUGAUGUGAAGAAACUGAGCUACAUAAUAGAUCUGUCUCUGAGUGAGAGGUAAGCAGGAACUCUUUUCAGAGGCCUGUCACUCUUCCUACACUCUGGCCUUGUAAGUAAUGUGUUUAUGCCGAAAUAAACUGAUUUUUUAAUAUAAAACUCAUCAGAAAUACAAUGUUGUGAGUUAGUGCUGGGUGGUAUACCGAUUUAUCCAAUAUAGCGUUUGUGAAGUUUUCAUAUGAAAUGGAUAUAUCAGAUACGGCAUACUGCUGCAUUGCAGAAAACACUUGCUGCGACUCUUCAAUGCAAAUGACAGCUGUCAUAAAAUGAAACAGAUGAUUUGGCGAUCCUUACAGACCAACUCUUGAUAGUCAAACAAAAAAUGUUUAAGUCAGAUCACAUUGUAUCAUGAUGUUUCAAUCAAAAGUCUAAUUAAAUCAUGGAUUUAGAGAAUCAUGCGUGAACUCCUGACAGUUAAAUAAGCCACUCUAAAUCUAUAUAUGGGGGGGGGGGGAUGCUCCAAUAUACCAUAAAACCACCAGAAUCUAUAAAAUAAAAUACAGUGAUACAAAUUUUAGGUCAUACUGCCCAGCACUACUGUGAGUACAGUGAAAUGAUUAUACUGUAAGAAUACUUAAAACAUCCAGUAAACAAAUAAUAGUAAAGCCUUGAAGUCAACUGUUUAGCCAAAGCUACAAUGUGUAAGUUGAUUUAAGAGCGCAGAUGUGAUCAGAACAUCUGUCUCUGAUCUUUUAUCAUAUGAGAGAGUUUUAGCACAGUAUACACCUGAGCACAAUCUAAUUCACUUACUGUAUGUGCUGAAACACACCAGAGACUCUUUCGGAAAAAAGCAAAUACACUGUGCAGAUGUUUAUUUUGUUUUUGUGUAUCAGAUGGAGCCUAAAUCAAACUGUGUUGAAAUGCACAUGAUAUAUAUACAUACAAAAUGCCUUCAAGACUUUAUUAAAAUAUUGGAUAAUAUUAUCAUGUUUUUACUAUGAAAUCAUUUCCUUCUUACUUUAUACUCAGUUCAACUUAAACCAGUGUGACCUUGUAGCUGCUCUAUAUUGUUAGUCUUAAUUCAAAUAAGAAAAGAUAAGAAUUAAUAAUGGAAAAAAAGCUUUUCAUAUCCUUUUUUGAGUACGCUGACUUUUGUGACUUGUUGCUUCACUUCCGUGCAUUUACAACACAUACUGCACUGUCAAACUUUAGAAAUUACAUAUUUGAAAAAUAAAAUCAGCACACUGAAUGAA